AUGGAGAGCUACACGUACAAGCACUUCCCAGAUCAACUAACUACAGUCCACGUCGCACUCUUCACGAACGUACAAAACGCAGCUGAGCUACGAGCACGCAUCGUCAAUGCCUCGACUAUGCAAGGUUCAGAAGGCGAACAAGAACGCGACGCUGUCAGCUUUGCUUUCAUCGAGGCUAAGCUUGUGACGAGCAGAUUGGCUUUACAAACGGCCGUCUAUCAAUCGAUGCUUGCAGAUGCACAAGACGCCCUAAAGACGAAAACUGUCCACUCGGAGAUCAUCUGGUGCCUAAAUCCUACUAAUAACAUCACAGAGGCACUUCGCCGAUUUGGCGUAUCCGACAACUCCUCUUCUCUGCUGGUCGUCCGUGUCGGACCAGCGUCAGCAGCUCUGAGUGAUGUCGAGAAACAGAUGAAGAACGUGGUACAAGGUGAUCUUGUGCAUUUGGAUUCGUUGAAGGACAUUACAGAUUGGGCGACAAUCAGGAAGUACUAUAAGUUGAAUGGAGAACCAGCAGUUUCAGCUUUAGACAAAGAUCCGAUUCAACAAAAUGCCGUUGUAGACGAACUCGUCACCAGCUUUGUAGCAAUGAAAAGCGUCAUGUCCUAACUCCAGCACCCAGACGCACGACAUGACUCGUAAAUAUAUAAGAAACU